AUGAUCUUUCGAGAUUCUGAAAGCAUACCGUUGGAAUCCAAUGAGGCACACGAUCAGGAGCAACAUGACAUAGAAACAUAUUUGACGGUUCUACAGCCGCACACGAUUCUUCUUAAAGAUGGAGAAACCACAGCGACAAUGUACCCUAUUAGAGCAAAUUCUGACCUGCUACCACUGGGAUUGCUUGCAUUUUUGCUCGAUGAAUUCAAUAUGGAAGUGGAGAAGGGUGACAGCUUUCCAUACUACGAGCCCUUGGACCUUGACGAGUUCCGCAAAAUGUGGUUCCACACACAUGGUAUUGUUUGUGUGAUGGUCCUCGGAGAGAUACCGGAGCUAGACUACUCACUGGAGCUGAGCGAAGAUCAGCAGCUGCUGCAGACCGAGCAACUGCGGCAACAGGGCGUGACGACGGAACGAAACACGGUCCAAUAUCAAAAGCGGAAGGAGCGCCGCAACAUGAACCUGAAUAUACAGUGGGAAAAACAGUGCCUCGGAACCUUCAACCUGCUUCCCGCAUACCCAGGCCGCUCGUCGCACGUCGUCACAGGUACAUUCCUCGUGAACGCCGGGAUCCGCGGGAAGGGCAUUGGCAGGACCCUGGUCGAACGGUUCCUCGAGUGGGCGCCACAGCUCGGCUUCACGUCGUGCUGCUUUCCCCUCGUGUACGGGACAAACGUCGGCAUUCGCCGUAUCCUCGAGUCCUCGAACUUCAAGCGCAUAGGCAAGCUUCCAGAGUCCGGGAUCCUGAAGGGCUACGACUCGCCGAUCGACUCGUUUAUCUACGGCAAGGAGUUCACGCACGUCUCGAAGCAGAUCGACGCACUGAACUCCGCGCGCAAUGACUCGACCAAGGCCAAGUACGAGCGACUGAAGUUCUACCUCGAGACAAGCGAGUACCCCGCUUCCUGCAGCAGGAAUGAAAAGGCGCGGCUGCGCGUGAUGUCCAAGACCCACUCGAUCCUCAACGGCAAGCUCAUGUUCAAGGGCAGAGAGGUCGUCUACGAGCCCCGCAGACAACUCGAGAUCGCAUACGAGACGCACGCCGUCGACCAUCAGGGCAUCAACCGCGUCACCUCCAAGGUCGCCGAGCGCUACCACUGGAAGGGCAUCAAGCAGUCCGUCGCAAAGGUCAUCAGCACCUGUACGCGCUGCCAGGACACCCCCGCCCACGACGCGCAGCACCCCGGCAGCGGUCUCGUCAUUGACGCAACCGGCCCCGCCAACCAGACCCAUGUCGUUGUCCACGCCCACGCCAACGACGACCAACUCAGCCGCGUCGCUGAGGCCGUCGUCGGCUCGCUGCAGCGCGCAGAGGACCGCGACUAUGCAGAGUCUACCCCGGCAGACGCCACGCCCCGCGCCCGCGCCUACCCGCCCCCGGGCCAGCUCCGCCGCAUCCGCUUCCACACGCAGCCCGCCGCCAAGGACCCCGACCCCUCCAUGAAUAGCUUCACGCGCUACGCAGAGGAACACCUGCCGCGCAGCGCCAAAAAGCGCUCGCGCUACAGCUCCGCCGCUCACCCCGACUCCCCCAAGUCCGCCAGCGAGUCCGCCACCGUCCUGCUCGACGACACCCCGCCCAUCGACGAUGCCCUGCUGCACCUCGAGGACAACGUCAUAGCCGCCGUCGAAGCCGUGCGGAAGGAGCAGCGGGCCGCGAGCCUCCGACGCUCCCCGAACACCGACGACGACUACGUCAGCGACGACCCCUCCUUCCACGACGACCGCGCCUACUACUAG